AUGGUAAAUACAUCAAAUAUUUUACAGAUUGUACUCGAUGACAUACCACUUGAAGACUUCAAUGUAAAUCAUUUGAGGAAAAUUGUCGGUGUCGUGAGUCAAGAGCCGGUUCUUUUCAAUAACACAAUACUUGAGAAUCUUCGCUUUGGAAACGCUAACGCAAGUGACCGAGAAGUGCACGUGGCUCUGAAGAAAGCAAAUGCUUUGGGUUUCAUCGCCGAGUUUCCCGAUGGUUUAAACACUCUUGUUGGUGAUCGUGGCACUCAAAUAUCUGGUGGACAAAAACAACGAAUCGCUAUUGCGAGAGCCCUUCUCAGAGAUCCGCGAAUUCUUCUUUUGGAUGAAGCAACUUCGGCAUUGGAUGCGGAAAGUGAAGGAGUUGUGCAACAAGCAUUGGAGAAUGCAAGUCGUGGCCGAACAACGAUUGUGAUCGCUCAUCGACUCUCGACAAUCAAAAAUGCUGAUAAAAUUCUUGUGAUAAGCAAUGGGGAAGUUGUUGAAACCGGGAAACACGCCGAACUUUCUAAAAAAACGAGGACACUACUU